GGGCCACGUGCGUCAUCGGGACGCGCGCCGCGGACUGCGCCGGGGUUGCCGGAAGUUGGGCGGCGGCGAUAGCGAAUGGCGGCAGCUAUGGGGGACCCCGGCCUCUCCAGAUUGCAGUUCGCCCCCUUCAGCAGUGCCUUGGAUGUUGGCUUCUGGCAUGAGUUAACCCAGAAGAAGCUGAAUGAGUACCGGCUAGACGAAGCUCCCAAGGACAUUAAGGGUUAUUACUACAACGGUGACUCUGCAGGGCUGCCAGCUCGCUUAACACUGGAGUUCAGUGCUUUCGACAUGAGUGCGCCCACCCCAGCCCGCUGCUGUCCGGCGGUCGGCACACUGUAUAAUACCAACACACUCGAGGCUUUCAAGGCUGCAGAUAAGAAGCUACUUCUGGAAGAAGCAGCAAACGAGAUCUGGGAAUCCAUCAAGUCGGGGGCUGCCCUGGACAACCCCGUGCUCCUCAACAAGUUCCUCCUCUUGACAUUUGCGGAUCUAAAGAAGUACCAUUUCUACUACUGGUUCUGCUCCCCCGCCCUCUGCCUUCCAGAGAGCAUACCCCUCAUUCAGGGGCCAGUGGGCUUGGAUCAGUGGUUUUUGCCAAAACAGAUUCAAGCCCUCGAGCACGCGUAUGAUGACCUUUGUCAGACAGAAGGAGUCCCAGCGCUGCCUUACUUCCUAAUCAAGUAUGAUGAGACCACGGUGCUGGUUUCCUCGCUCAAACACUACAGUGAUUUCUUCCAGGGUCAAAGGACAAAGAUAACGAUUGGCGUGUACGAUCCCUGUAACUUAGCGCAGUACCCCGGAUGGCCUUUGAGGAACCUUUUGGUCCUAGCAGCCCACAGAUGGAGUGGCAGUUUCCAGUCCGUGGAAGUGGUCUGCUUCCGGGACCGCACCCUGCAGGGGUUGAGAGACGUCACCCACAGCAUCGUCUUCGAAGUGAAGCUUCCAGAGAUGGCAUUCAGCCCAGAUUGUCCCAAGGCGGUUGGAUGGGAAAAGAACCAGAAGGGAGGCAUGGGACCGAGGAUGGUGAACCUCAGCGAGUGUAUGGACCCUAAAAGGUUAGCUGAGUCAUCGGUCGAUCUCAACCUCAAGCUGAUGUGUUGGAGAUUGGUCCCUACUCUGGACUUAGACAAGGUUGUGUCUGCCAAGUGUCUGCUGCUCGGAGCUGGCACCUUGGGUUGUAACGUAGCCCGGACGUUGAUGGGUUGGGGCGUCAGACACAUCACAUUCGUGGACAAUGCCAAGAUCUCCUACUCCAACCCUGUGAGGCAGCCUCUGUAUGAAUUUGAAGAUUGCCUGGCGGGUGGGAAGCCCAAGGCCCUGGCGGCAGCGGACCGGCUGCAGAAGAUAUUCCCUGGAGUGAACGCCAGAGGGUUCAACAUGAGCAUCCCCAUGCCGGGGCACCCUGUGAACUUCUCCAGCGUCACCCUGGAGCAGGCCCGCAGGGACGUGGAACAGCUGGAGCAGCUCAUCGACGGCCACGACGUCGUCUUCCUGUUGAUGGACACCCGGGAGAGCCGGUGGCUGCCUGCCGUCAUUGCCGCGAGCAAGAGAAAGCUGGUCAUCAACGCUGCCUUGGGAUUUGACACCUUCGUUGUCAUGAGACACGGCCUGAAGAAGCCCAGGCAUCAGGGGGCUGGGGACUUGUGUCCCAGCUACCCCAUGGCGUCUGCCGACCUCCUGAGCUCAUCGCUGUUUGCCAACAUUCCUGGCUACAAACUUGGCUGCUACUUCUGCAACGACGUGGUGGCCCCAGGGGAUUCAACCAGAGACCGGACCUUGGACCAGCAGUGCACUGUGAGUCGCCCGGGACUAGCCACGAUCGCCGGAGCCCUGGCAGUGGAGCUGAUGGUUUCCGUUCUGCAGCAUCCAGAAGGGGGCUACGCCAUUGCCAGCAGCAGUGACGACCGCAUGAAUGAGCCACCAACGUCCCUCGGCCUCGUGCCUCACCAGAUACGAGGAUUUCUGUCACGGUUUGAUAACGUCCUUCCUGUCAGCCUGGCCUUUGACAAAUGCACGGCUUGUUCUUCCAAAGUUCUAGAUCAGUAUGAACGAGAAGGAUUUAACUUCCUGGCGAAGGUGUUCAAUUCUUCACAUUCCUUCUUAGAGGACUUGACCGGUCUUACGUUGCUGCAUCAAGAGACCCAGGCUGCUGAGAUCUGGGACAUGAGUGACGACGAGACCGUCUGACACGCGCCUCGCGCUCCGAGGCCGCCGCCCCAGGACUGCACCUCGGCCCCACGACCCCCGAGCUGGAGGCCCGGCCUGCCUCCUCGCCGGGAGCCGCUGGCGUCCUCCGUUUCCGACAGCUCCUCAUCCCGCGGUUCUGAGCUCAAUAAUAACCUUGGCUUCGGCACUGCCGGUGACCUGGGACUUGGUCCCCUCCACGAGCGGUUCUUUC